GGGGUGGGAGGGAGGGAGGGAGGGAGACCCGCCUUCAGGCUGCGGCGGCCCAGGCAGCUGGGGGAGCGUAAGUGUGGGACGGGGGCCACCCUCAUAAUGAAGGCGGGUGCCAGGGAACGCUGCCGAGGGGCCUGGGAGGGGUGAGGCGGGACUGUGGGGCUGCUACCCUACCCACUCUUCCGGCCCCAGGGUUGCGAUGGGGGAGGCGGAGGCGGAGGUGGGGGCAGCAGUGGAACUCAGCGGGCUGCCCCCCGACGUCCCGGACGAGCUGCUCACGCUCUACUUCGAGAACCGCCGGAGCUCUGGGGGUGGACCUCUGCGGAGUUGGCAGAGGCUUGGACGCGGGGGCAUCCUCACUUUUCGGAAAGCUGCAGACGCAGUGAGGGUCUUGGCCCAGGAGGAGCACACGCUACACGGCACGCGGCUGAGCCUGCGGCCGGCCCCGCCACGCGCCCCUGCCCGCCUGCUGCUCCAAGGGCUGCCUCCUGGCACAGCACCGCAGCGCCUGGAGCAGUAUGUCCAAGCCCUGCUUUGUGCUGCAGGGCACCCAGAGCGGCCCUGCCGUGCCCUGGCCAGUCCCCGGCCAGACCGGGCCCUGGUGCAGCUGCCCGAGCCCCUCUCAGAGGCAGAAGCCCGCAUCCUGGAGGAGCACGCCCGGGCCCUGGGCCUGGAGGGGGCUGAGGUCUCCCUGACCUGGGUGCCCCAGGCCCGGGCGGUGCGUGUCUUGGGGGACAGCCCCCUCGCAGACCUGCUGCUGUUGGAGCUGUACCUGGAGAAUGAGCGCCGCAGUGGCGGGGGGCCCCUGGAGGGCGUGCGCCGCCUGCCUGGGCACCUGGGCACGGUCGUGUCCUUCCAGCAGUGGCAGGUGGCUGAACGGGUGCUGCAGCGGGACCACCGGCUGCAGGGCUCAGAGCUGAGCCUCGUACCCCACUACGACGUCCUGGAGCCCGAGGAGCUCACGGAGCACGCCCGUGGAGGGAACCGCCCGGCUGCGUUGGGGCCUGGGGCCCCCGAGCAUGCUCUACUGGACACUGGAGGGCCAGCGAGGGCACAGAAUUGUGCUGGGAAUGUGACAUUGGGCCCUGAGGAGACACCGGGGCAAACAGGAGCCUCUCUGAGGACAGGUCCUCUCUGGGACCGGUCCUUGCUGGGCCAGGCCGGGCCAGGCAGCUCAGGGCCCGUGGGGUCUUCAGAACAGGAAGGGCCGGCGAGCCUGAGGACCGUGGGGUCUCCAGGCCCGGUGGAGACCGCCCCGGGGUCGGCGGGGCAGGGAGGCGUGGUGGAGACGGUGCUGUCGAUGGAGCCGGGAGCCAUGCGCUUCAUUCAGCUCCACCACGAGGACCUUCUUGCUGGCCUGGGAGACGUCGCCCUCUUCCCGCUCGAGGGGUCAGAUGUGACUGGCUUUCGGAUCUGUGGAGCCCCGGCCCCGUGCCGGGCAGCCGAGGAGUUCCUGCAGAGUCUGCUGGGCAGUGUUAGCUGCCACGUGCUGAGCCUGAAGCACCCGGGCAGCGCCAGCUUCCUGCUGAGCCCAGAGGGGCAGCACCUCCUGCGGGGGCUGGAGGCUCAGUUCCAGUGUGUCUUUGGGACAGAGCAUCUGGUCAGGGCCGCCCUGGACGCAGACCUGGGGAAGCAGGUGGACCCCACGGAGGCCCUGCAGGCCCCCCCCGGCCACUCCCACAUCCUGUGGCCUCCAGACAGUACGGACGGUGACCAGGAGAACGUGAGCCUGGAGGAGGUCCGAGAGCUGCUGGCCACCCUGGAGGGCCUGGAUGGGGAAGACUGGCUGCCGCUGGAGCUGGGGGAGGAGGAGCCUGAGGGCCAGCCCGAGGAGGAGGCGACUCUCAGGGCUGGGGAGGGGCCCAUAGCGCCCAGCACCGGGGCGCCUGGGCGGCUGGAGGAGGAGGCUGAGCUGCAGCUGGCUCUCUACCGGUCCCUGGAGCCGCAGGGCCAGGUGGCCGAGCAGGAGGAGGCUGCGGCGCUGCAGCGGGCCCUGGCCCUCUCCCUGCUGGAGCCGCCCCCGCUGGAGGAAGGGCAAGAGCUCCAGGGCAGGGGGCCCGGCGGCUGGGCCCGGCUGGAGGUGCACGCUGCCUUUGAGCAGGAUAUGGAGGAGCUGGAGCAGGCCCUGGAGGCGGCCUUGGAGGUGCACCUCCGCGAGGAGACGGUGGGGCCCCAAGGCUGCGUGCUGCCCUCGGAGCUGUGCGCCCACCUGGAGCGGCGCCACGGCGUGAGCGUUGCCCUUCGUGGCGACCGCACCGUCCUGCGUGGCUUUGGGGCCCAGCCCACCCGUGUGGCCCGCCACUUAGCAGCGCUCCUGGCUGGCCCCCGGGAUCAGAGCCUGCCCUUUCCCUUGGUGACGUCCGUCCCCACUCUGCCCGAGCAGAGGCCGAGGGGGCCCUUGGGCCGGCUGGAGCGCCUGGCUGAGAGCAGCAGUGAGUUCCAGACAGUGGUGCAGGCCUUCUACGACACGCUGGAUGCCGCCUGCGGCAGGGUCUGUGUUGUCCGGGUGGAGCGUGUGUUGCACCCGUUGCUACAACAGCAGUACGAGCUGCACCGGGAGCGCCUGGAGCAGUGCUGUGACCGGCGGCCAGCCGAGCAGGUCCUGUACCACGGCACCUCGGUAGCCACCGUCCGGGACAUCUGCGCACACGGCUUCAACCGCAGUUUCUGCGGCCGCAAUGGCACGCUCUACGGACAGGGCGUGUACUUCGCCAAGCGCGCCUCCCUGUCGGUGCUGGACCGGUACUCGCCCCCCGACGCCGAGGGCCACAAGGCGGUGUUCGUGGCGCGGGUGCUGACCGGCGACUACGGGCAGGGCUGCCCCGGGCUGCGGGCACCCCCUCCGCGGCCCCCCGGCCACGCACUCCUGCGCUACGACAGCGCGGUGGACUGCCUCCCCCAGCCCAGCAUCUUCGUCAUCUUUCACGACACCCAGGCGCUGCCCACCCACCUCAUCACUUGCAAGCACGUGUCCCGGUCUCCCUCCGGAGACCCCCCUGGGCUCUUGAGCAACUCCCCAGCCACCUACCCCUAGAGGCCCCGCCUGCUCGGCCCAGCCGCUGACCUCCUGCUCCCCAGGCUCCCCGGCCUGCGCAGCCCUACCGUCCCCUCUGCCCCCGGGGGCGCCCCUGCUUCCUGCUGUGGGGCCCGCAUGUCCUGGCAGCCGGACGAGGAGGGCUGGGGCUGCGUCCCCGCCUGCGCAGGGAUCCCCGCCCCGGCCGGCCCAACCACCAGAGGUCAGCAGAGCCCACGAGGGGGGUCCGGCCCGACACCGCCCGCCUCGGCCAGGCCUCGCCCGAGCGCGACUGUGUCGUUUGAAUAAACGUGAGGCCAUGUCGGGCGAGGACCAGGAGGCCCGGGCAGUGGCUGAGGACAGCUCGCCCAGCCCGGGGGACACACUGCCCUGGAACCUGGAGAAGACCCAGCGCAGCCGGCGCGGCAGAGGUGGCCCUGGGGGGAACGGCAGUGUCUUGGACCCUGCCGAGAGAGCGGUCAUCCGCAUCGCAGGUCUACUGCUGUUUGUCCUGAGACCAGCCGGUGCUCUGGACUGGCUGAGCCCUGUGAAGGGCAGGGGUGGGGGUGUGAGGGACCCUAGAACUCCGGGCCUCGAGCCGGUGUGGGGCUGCACCCGCUUCUGUGCCCAUCAGCCCGUACCUGUGGGGGCCUCCAGCUCCACCCUGUGCCGUCCUCACGUGCUGCCCCCAGUCCUGACGCCACACACACACGGCAGGCCUGCCUGCA